UGGAAUUUGUAGAACUUCAAGCUGCUGUGUCAAUAGCAGGACAGCAGUGGAACUGAGGAGCUUAGAGAGGACGACGUAGGAAUAUUAGAGACAACUCACUCACAGGAAUAAUGUCCUUAUCUUUCGAGGGAAGAGUCGUGCUUGUCACUGGAGCCGGAGGAGGACUUGGCAGAGAAUAUGCCCUGGCUUUUGCUGAAAGAGGUGCCUCAGUUAUAGUGAAUGACCUUGGGGUUGACACUAAAGGGGUUGGAAAGAGUUCUGCAGCAGCUGAUAAGGUGGUGGAAGAGAUAAGAGAAAAGGGAGGCAAGGCCGUCGCAAACUAUGAUUCUGUAGAAGAUGGAGAGAAACUGAUCCAGGCAGCACUAGAUGCAUUUGGAAGAAUAGAUGUUGUUGUAAACAAUGCUGGGAUACUUCGUGACCGAUCGUUUGCCUCGACCAGUGAUCUGGACUGGGAUCUGAUUCAAAGAAUUCACUUGAGGGGCUCCUUCCAGGUGACUCGAGCGGCCUGGAGCCAAAUGAAAAAACAGAAAUAUGGCAGAAUCAUCAUGACGGCUUCAGCUGCAGGCAUCUAUGGUAACUUUGGUCAGGCCAACUACAGCGCUGCCAAGCUGGGUCUGCUGGGUCUGUCUAACACCUUGGCCAUUGAGGGACGCAAAUACAACAUCCAUUGCAACACUAUUGCUCCAGUUGCAGGCUCUCGCCUCACAGAGACCGUCAUGCCCCCUGAUCUUGUGGCAACUCUGAAGCCUGAGUAUGUGGCUCCCCUGGUCCUCUGGCUCUGUCAUGAUCAGUGUCAAGAAAAUGGAGGACUAUUUGAGACUGGGGCAGGCUGGAUUGGUAAAUUGCGCUGGGAGCGUGCUCAGGGACACAUUGUGAGGAGCAAGAAUCAACCCAUAACUGCUGAGGCUGUCAGGGACCAGUGGGACAAAAUCUGUGAUUUUACAGACUCCAGCACACCGUCUAAUAUACAAGAGUCUCUCCAGUUAAUUGUGAGCGCGCUGUCUCAAGUGGAGUCAGAGGGAGAGGUUGGUGCAAAUCCAACAGCUGCUGCUUCAGCCUCCAGUUCAGGGAUGAGUCCUGCGGAGGCAGUGGGACAUAAACUACCACCGAACACAUUUAACUUCAAUCACGCACAGUGUAUCCUCUAUGCAUUGGGGGUCGGCAUGUCCACCAAAGAACCUGACCAUCUCAGGUUCCUGUACGAAGGCCAUCAAGAUUUUGGCUGCCUCCCCACCUUCGGAGUCAUUCCUGCUCAGGCGUCAAUGAUGGAAAUCACCUCUGUCCCUGGAAUCAACUUUGAUUUUACAAAGCUUUUGCACGGAGAGCAGUAUCUGGAGCUUUACAAGCCUCUACCAACUUCAGGUCAACUGAUUUCUCAGUCCACCAUAGCAGAUGUUUUGGACAAAGGCUCUGGAGCCGUCAUCAUCUUGGACGUGAACACCUACUGUGGCGACGAGCUGCUCUGCUUCAACCAGUUUUCUUUGUUUGUGACUGGAACUGGAGGCUUUGGAGGGAAGAGAAACUCCAAUAAAGCAAAAGCUACUGUGCCACCACCUCAACGACCACCAGAUGCUGUGGUGACUGAUUUUACCACAAGAGACCAAGCAGCCUUGUAUCGUUUGAGUGGAGACUGGAAUCCUCUUCAUAUAGACCCCAGCUUUGCUGCCAUGGGAGGAUUCAAGACUCCCAUCCUGCAUGGCCUGUGCUCAUUUGGCUUUGCUGCGAGAAAUGUCCUCAAGCAGUUUGCCAACAACGACCCCUCCAGAUUCAAGGCUAUCAAGGUUCGCUUUGCUAAGACGUUGGUGCCUGGUCAGUCACUGAAGACUGAGAUGUGGAAAGAAGGCAACAGGAUUCACUUCCAGUGCAAAGUGAAUGAUACUGAUGUAAUUUUACUGUCAGGGGCCUACAUGGAUUUACACGAUGCUCCAGAUGCUUCUCCCGAAAGUCUCACUCAAGUUGGAGGUCUUCAGAGCGAGCUGGUGUUUGCAGAGAUCGGUCGUCGUAUUAAGGACUUGGGCUCAGAGUUGGUUAAGAAGGUGAACGCCGUGUUUGGCUGGGAGAUUACCAAAGAUGGCAAGAUCACCGCACAGUGGAGUAAGUGCACGGACCACUGUACAAUACAUGAAACACAACAGGAAUUCAAUUCAAAUUCAAAAUUUCAUAGUUUAGUGUGUCGU